UUCCCCCCGCGGCCACCGGCCACCAAUAAAAACAAGCCGCAGCACAGCUAGCUGCUCCCUCCCCGACGACCCCAUCGCUCCAGCUACGGCCGGGCAGGUGGGCAUGCAUGCACUUGCACCGCUGGUUUGGUAGCUAGAUAGCUAGCAAGCGGGCAUGGCGUCUUCCGCUGGCGGCGGCGGCCGGCGUUCACCGCCUGCUACGGCGGCGCCACGGAUGGUGAUGGACAGGCUGAUGGAGGUGCACGAGGGCGCGACGAAGCUCCAGACCAUGCUGCAGGAGUCGCCCACGCCUUCGAUCGCGGCUGCGGCAGGGACCACCAGUGAGCUCAGACUGACGAUUGACAGGAUGCUGAGCAGCCUGUCGAGCGCCAUGUCGGCUUGGAACACCACCGGCGCCGCCCAGGGACCGGGACAGGGGCGGAGGAGGAGGCGAGGCGAGGCGGCGGCCGGGUCCGGGCCGCAGCGGCGGAGCAGCACCAGGAGAAGAUCGCACAGCCCCUUCGUGAAAAUGGUCACUACCAGUAAGCUCGACGAUGGCAAAGCAUGGAGAAAAUACGGUCAAAAACGUAUUCAUGAGUCCCCUAAUCCGAGGAGCUACUACAGGUGCACGCACAGGCCAGAGCAAAGGUGCAUGGCGACAAGGCAGGUCCAGGCCUCCGAUGCCAACCCGUCGGAGUUCAUCAUCAGCUACUACGGCCAGCACACCUGCCAGGACCCCUCCACCAUCCCGCUCGUCAUCCCAGACACCGCUCCGCCGCCGGACUGCGCGAACCUCAUCAGCUUCGGAGGAUGCACCACCAUCGCCGCCGGCGCAUCGUCGUCAUCCACCACCACCACUGCUGUUCCUCCCCAACAAGCCUUAAGCUUUGAUCCGACGACGACUCCGAUGUUGAUGUUGUCUCGCUUCGGCUACAGCUCCUCUCUGCCGGCGGCGCAGGCGCAGCAGGACUACCGCUGCGGCAGCGAGGAGGUGCUCAGCAGCAGGAGCUCGCCGGCCGCGCAGCUCGCAACCAUGGUGGUGGGAUCAGCGGGGACGAUGGCCUCGUCGUCCACCGUGGGGUCCGCGCCGGCGGAGUACUGGCCGGGAGGGACCAGCGGCAUGGCGUGUGGCCCUGGCAGCUUCCCGUCGUCUCCUAGCAGCCUCGGAUUCAUGACCGGCUCGCCGUUUGGUUCCUUUGGCAACGCCGGGGAUGACGACCUGUUUGGCUUCGAUCCCUGACAAAGGCUGAUGUAUGCAUGCAUAUCCAGCCAAUGCCACGUUUGCAGUUUGCAUGCAUGCAUGCAUGCACGCACGCACUACUACUUGCACUUGCACAAGUCGUACUAGUAGUAGGCUAGUAGUAGCUAGCCAUGCAUGACAUAGUUGGUAUCCACAUGGAUGAUGUAUAAUGGUAAUUAAUACAAUAAGGCAAGACCUCUAGUUCAUCCUGAACAGGUUUUGCAUAUGUAUAUUUGCUGCCCACGUAUAUAGGCCAAAAGGAUAUGAAUUGUAUUGUAAAGGCCUUAUUUUGUGCAUUUGUACAUAUAUAUAUGCAUGACUAAAUACAACGAA